AGGGAAAGGCUCACAGUGCUGCUGCCACCAGCUCUCCUGUCCCUGCCCAAGUGUCAGUGUCGUGAUGGAGCUUAGAAAUACCCCAGCCGAGGAUCUGGACAAGUUCAUUGAAGACAAUCUCCUGCCAAACAGGGAUUUCUGCAUGAAGGUCAAGUAUGCCAUCAACACUAUCUGCGGUUUCCUGAAGGAAAGGUGUUUCCAAAAUAACUCCCAGCCUGUGCGGGUGUCCAAGGUUGUGAAGGGCGGUUCCUCAGGCAAAGGUACGACCAUCAAAGACCAUUCCGACGCUGACCUUGUCGUCUUCCUUAGCCCUCUCACAAGUUUUAAGAACCAGUUAAGGCUCCGGGAAGAGUAUAUCAAGGAAAUUAAGAAACAGCUGGAAGCCUGCCAAAGAGAGAAAGAAUUUGACGUGAAAUUUGAGAUCCAGAGUUCAGGAUUAUUCGGCCCUCGCUCACUGAGCUUCACCCUGAGAUCCCCCCAGCUCCAGGAGGGUGUGAACUUUGACGUGCUGCCUGCCUUUGACGCCCUGGGUCAGCACUUCGGACACUACAGACCUGACCCCCAAAUCUACGUCCGGCUUAUCCGGGAGUGCACCCAAGUGCAGAGAGAGGGCGAGUUCUCCACCUGCUUCACAGAGCUACAGCGAGACUUCCUGAAGCAGCGCCCAACAAAGCUGAAGAGCCUCAUCCGCCUAGUCAAGCACUGGUACCAACUGUGUUUGAAGAGGAUUGGGAAGCCACUGCCACAGCAGUACGCCCUGGAGCUCCUGACAGUCUAUGCCUGGGAGCAAGGGAGUCAAAAAACAGAGUUCAGCACAGCUGAGGGCUUUCAUACAGUCUUGAAAUUAAUCAUCAAAUACCAGUACCUUUGCAUCUACUGGACAGUAUAUUACAACUUCGAAAACCCUGAUAUUGAAAAGUACCUGAACAAGCAGAUCAAUAAACCCAGGCCUGUGAUUCUAGACCCGGCUGACCCUACAGGAAACUUGGGUGGAAACCCACACAGCUGGAGUCGGCUGGCAUCAGAGGCUGAAGACUGGCUGAGUUACUCGUGCUUUAAGAAAAAGGAUGAAUCUUCAGUAGGCUCCUGGAAUGUGCCGGUGGAAGAGAGCUGAAUACGUGCCAUCCUCUGAACACCAGUGCAUCUUAGUGGAAAAUGCUCCCGAGUCAUCCAGACAGCACCCUCAUUUCCAUGUGGAGCCCUUGAUCUGGACAGGGCAGAGGACUUUCCCAAGGUCUUCAGUGAGUUGCUGUCCAAUCUAGGACUAGAAUCCCUCUCUCCUGACCCUGACCCCUGUCCUUCCCACUAUUCUGUGCUCUUUCUCUUUUCAUAGACAGCAUUUCCCCCCAGCUCUUGCCUCACUAUGGCCUGUUCCAUGACAAUGUGCUCUGAGAGACAAGAGAGACUGAGACGAGAGAGUGGAACCCCAGCCUUGACUUUCUUCUGUGUACCUGGUGUGAAGGUUAUGGGCCAAUUUAUUAUCACUAACAAUAAAAAUAACAUCAAAUACCA